CCUUUGACAUACUUCAUAUUUCACAGGACUCUAACUUCAUGCAUAUCUGCUCUCUGAGGUGGACGUGUUUAGCGGUGCAGGUCCGCGCUUGUUGCUCGGACAUCCGCUUCAGUCAUCUGAGGACGCGAUGUGUUUUCUCUGCAGGUUUUUUUUUUUUUCCCUCUUCCUUUUUUGAUGCAGCGGGAGGCGUGCCAGGCCGGGCCGGGCCGGACCAGGCUCGGCCCCAUAGGCUUCAUGUGAUCCGGCAGGGAGGCGUUUGGUUAUAAAAUACUUUUUCAACAUCCAGCUUGCAUUUGAGAGCUGACCGUAUCUCGUGGAGCCACCGGAUUGCAAAUUUCUUUUUCCGGUGCGCAUUUUGGGAUAUUUCCAUCACUUGUGCGGCUCGUUCCGGACAGUGACGCGCUGCAGUUCCGAUAAUGGGAGACGCUCAGUCUGCGCAACGGGAGGGCGAGAAGGAUGCAGCGGAUGAGGAGGAGAGCGGAAAGGUGGAUGAUGCUCAGACUGAGCAGAAUAUCGAAGACAAGCCUCUCAAAAACAAAGGGCAGAUCUCUGAGCUCAAUGGAAAAGCAGGCAGCUCUACAGCAGAAGUCAAUGGUCACUGUGAGGAUGAGCUCGCUGCAGAGGCUGUCCUUUCACCAGACGAAGAUGUUUCACAAACAGAAACGUCAUUUAAAGAAGAAACACCAUUAGAAGAUGUUGAAAUAAAUGAAAAGGAAUCACCUAAUGAAGCUGAUGCUAAUGAAGACAUACCCCUAGAAAUGACUGACAUGAAUGCAAAGCAGAAUGACAUCAAUGAAAGUUUUAAGAGAUUUUUCAGUAACAUUGGUUUGAAACUGACAGUAAAGAGGGCCUCAGGUGAAAUCCCAACAGAUGUGACCAAUGAUACUAACAAAGAAGAAGCAAACACACCAGAAGACAUUGAAGAUACCACAAAGGAAACCACAAGUGAGAAUGCUGAACAGAAUACCGAUGUGAACAUAGCACAGGAGACAUACGAUAAUGAUUCAACAACAUGUCCAACCCUGACAGACGUUACAUCGGAUGAUGUUCUUGAAAAUCUAGAGGAGAAGGCAACAGAAACCAAAGUAGAGGUUGAAUCUGAUUAUGCAGAUGCAGCGAUGGCUUCACCUCUUGGAGAAGAUGUAAACCAGGAGACCACAACUGAAGAAGAGCCACGUUCCACAUCGCCAUCUAGUCCUGAAGAAGAAGUUGUCGUAUCUCCAAUUAAAAGAUUUUUUGCGACUGGAAUCUUUUCUGGACUACGGAAGAAAAAGAAACCUGCAGAAGAUGAGACCACUGACAAUAUAAACAAAAAGGAAGUCGUAGAGAAGCCAGAACAAACUGCACAAGACCAACAUCAGGAUAAAGAGGACAUUAGUCUAGGUGUUGAGGCAGCUACAGUUGAGACAGAACAUGAGAAAAAUAAACUAAAAGGGGAUAUCUGGUCUGCAGCUCAGAUGAUGGAUGCAUACCCAUCAACGAUUAUUGUCACUGAGCCUGAAGUUCUGAGUUCUCAAGAGAAGGACAAAGUUCAAGCAAGUCCUCUGAGAAGGCUGUUGUCAGGAUCUAGUUUAAAGAAACUAUCCAAAAAGCAAAGAAGCCGGAAAUCAAGUGAUGCAAAGUUGUCAGACUCUGGAGAACAUGUUUCAGAUCAGCUCCUAUCAUCUACUGAGAAAGCUGAGAAUCAGAAAGAAGAAGGCUGUGCACAACCCCCUACAGAGACAGCAGGGGAGGAGGAUGGUGCAUGGGCUUCCUUCAAAAAACUUGUGACUCCGAAAAAGCGCAUGAAAAAAUCCUCCUUAAGUAGUGAAGAGACACAAAUCCCAGGUUCAGUAGGAGAACCAAAACCAAGCGAAGGAGGGCAAAUAUCAGAUCACAGCACAGAAGAAGGCAAAAAACGAAAAGACUCAUCUGUUUCAUGGGAAUCUGUUUUGUGUAGAUCAGGAAGGAGAAGAAUCCGAAAAAUGUCAGACUCUGAGGAUGAAACACCUCAAAUUGAUAACGAUAUGAACAAGCAAGACGGUGGAUCUAAACAUAGUGCAGAAUCAGCCCUAGGAAAUGAGGUUGAUGAAAUGUUAGCAUAUUCACCCAAACAAGCAGGAAGCCCUUCAGAGGGCGAUGGAGUGUCAACAUGGCAAUCACUGAAAAGACUUGUCACCCCUAAAAGGAAAGCCAAGGAUGACGAAGAAAGCAAAGACAAUGUACAAUCUGAUAGUGAAGUAAGUCAAGAUGAGUCCUCGUUUUCAAUAAAGAAACUCCUUCCAGGACUAAAAAAGAGGAAGUCUGCCGAAAAGCAGGACCAAGUAUCUUCAGAUGAGGCUGAUAGGGAAGCAGCUUCGGGCGACGAAGACUCUGACACACCAGCUGUGGUUCCACUGUCUGAGUUUGAUACAGUUGAGACAGAAGUUCACAUACAAACACAGGCAGACGUAGAAAGUCAUAUACCCAAAGAAGCAGACUUUGAACUCCAGCAGGACCUCCUUGAUCCAAUGGCUGAACCAGUCCUACCUAGUGACAAUCUGCAAACUGAAGCAAAGAAAGUCCAAGGCAAUAAUGAUGCUUUAGAGAAUCAGGCAACUACAACCCCUGCUACGGAUGAAAAACCUGAUGAUCUUACAGAAUCAAUCAGUCAACAACAACAACUCAGUGACAUUCCAGAAGAGGCCACUCCAGCUUCAGUCACAGAGGAGGCAGCUAGAGAUGACACCAUAGCAGAGGACCUGAUAGAGAUCACAUCUGAGGCCAUUACUGCACCAGAACAUUUAGAUAUUACCCUGUCAGAUGAAACUGAGAUGAUCUCUGCAGUGUCCCAGUUAUCUUUAGAGUCUUCAAAAACGUCUGGCAACACAACACCGGUUCCAGCUGAAUAUGUUGUUAUGGAAACGGAUGCACUUCUGUACCAGGUUGUUGAAACCAUCUCCAUAAGUCCAGAGGCAGUUCCAGUCUGUUCAUACGAGUUAAGUUCUGAAAGAACAGUAUUUUCUGUCUCACAUGAAAUACUGGAAACAUUUGAAAAGGACGAGCCAACAAUUCUGGAAUUACACGGAAGGUCAGAUGCUACUAAAAUUAACACAGGCCUAAAGGUUAAAGAACUGGACGCAAAUAAUGAACUUGCAGCCACCAUCCAAAUAGAAAACAUAUUUGAAGUCAAUGACUCUGUUUCCACAGAGAUUUUAUCUGAAGUUCCUACAGAGGAGUUUGACACGGCUGAAAUCGCUGAAGAUGAAGUACAAAAGGCUGAUGUUAGACAUCCAGAAGACAGCAUAACCGAAUUAGAAAGUAUUGAUGAGAGCUGUUAUCUGGUGGAAUGCCUAUCAGAGGUUAAUGCGACUGGAUCUACAAAUAAAUUAGCUGAAGGGGAGGAAAUUGCCCAAGACAAAGGUUCUCUAGUUGAGGCACAUCAAACUGAAACAGAGCCCCCAAAACUAGACUCUCAAGAAGUAGACUUGCAUGCAACAGUGGCAGAUGAAACUAAGAAUGGGGCAAUGGAGCAGGAGGUCGGAUCUGAGGAUGACGAUCAACAACCAGUAGAGGUGGAUCGUUUGCAAGAAUUAGCAGAUGUACAAGCUCUCACAUUGGGUUUAGAAAAGAGUGUUCCAUCACUUGAAAAGGACAUAAUAUCAGAGGGCAUACCAGCAGGCGAAACAGUUACAUUUGAACUCAAGGAGGUGCCGCUAACUGAAGUGAGUGUUGAGCCAGAAAAUGAAGAUGGACUAGAAACAGAUGCUGCCAAACCUGAACACGUUCAAGUACCAGAUGCAUCAGAUGCUGAGCAAGCCUCCACAUUAGAUUCAGAGGAAGGCAGCAUUCAAUCACCAAAAGAGGAAGUAAAAUCAGAAGACAUUGCAACAGCAGAAACAGUUACAGAUGAACCCAAACAGUCAGUAGAGGUUCUCACUGACGUCAGUGUUGAGCCAGAAAACAAAGAACUACCAGUGAAUGCUAUAAAAACUGUUCAAGAACCAGAAGUAUUAAAGGAUGUUCAAGCACCAACAUUAGAUUCAGCGGAGGGCAGUGUUCUAUCACUUGAAAAAGAGGUGAUAUCAGAGAACGUUUCAGAUGGAGAAACAGAUGAAACCAAUGAGGAAACAAUCCCUCUCACUGAAGCCAAUCUUGAGCCAGUGGAU